AUGACAUUAGGACAAAAGUUACGUGAGUUGAUAUAUCUACUCAGUACAGACGACAAGUACUCGGAAUAUGACUCGAGAAAGUCUUUUAAUCGUGUGAAUAAGCCAGAUACCGAGAACUUAUUGGGUGGAGCAAGUGGGAGAGGAGUCAACACCAAUUAUGCAACAGGCAGCCACGGCUCGGAAAACAGUAGCAGCAGUGGAGGGUCAUUCGAAAUGGCAAGCAACCUUGCAUCGGGCCAAGAGAACAAUAAUCCAGAUGCUGGUGUGCACGAAAUGAAACUAGCAUGGAGACACAUUAAGCACUGGCUACACAAGAAUGCACCGGACAUUAAUAGUUCACUUCUGAGCAAAUGCACAUCAGACGAUUUGAGAGAUUUCCAGAAAGAUUUGAACAUCACACUUCCAAACUGUGUGGUUGCAUUCUUCAAGCUUACUGAUGGACAACUGAACUUUGGUAGCAGUUUGAACAUUGAAACCAAUGGACUUAUUUUUGGGUUAAAAUUAAUGUCAUUAGACGAGAUCAUGGUGCAGACGGAGAAUUGGCGUAAAGUUUCAGAUUAUAUAAAUAACGAAGCCAGGCUCGAAAACUACAAGCUGAAUAACUUGAGUAAAUUGCCAACGUCGCAUGCUAACAACGGUCAAUAUCAGAAAAAAAUUGGAUUGGGCGUCGGUGUCAAUACCAGUAGCACUACGAACCUCAUCAACAUCAACAACAACAACAACAACAGCAGCAACAAUAAUAAUAAUAAUAAUAACAGCAAUAACAAUAUUAAUAAUAACAACAGCAAUAACAAUAAUAUCAACACAAGCGAGAUGUCAUCACGCCGCACAUCAUUUGAUUUAUCGCAAGUGGAAUCCCGAUCGAGCACAUCCACCACUUCACACGAUGCACUGAAUAUAGAAACCGCUACGAAAAAACACAAGACAAAAAAGAUGCCUAGACAAAGAGCAAUACCACCAGGGACUAUACAUGAAACUUUUGCCCACCCUAUGUGGAUCCCAAUGGUGACUGAUGAAGUUGGUAAUUAUAUUGGUAUUGAUCUUUGCCCAGCUUCACAAGGUGUUAUGGGUCAAGUUAUUCUUUUUGGAAGAGAUUUUGAUUUCAAGUUUCAAAUCGCCGAGACAUGGGGUGAUUUCUUGUUAAUCUUUGCCAACGAUUUGGAAAUGGGAAACUGGGACAUCAAGAUCAACAAAAAGAAUAACUACGGCGACUUGUUUAUAGGAAGUGAAGGUGAUUUGGUAUUUGUUGACAAAGAAUCGUCAUUGGAAAUACCGUAUUUGGAGAUUUUGAAAAGAAGAGCAGUUAAGAAAUGGAUGUCUAGCUUGGAUUUGGAAAAGAACAUCAAAAUCCAGAAUGAAGGUGCAAGCAAGGAGCUGGACAAAGGCGCGAAUAAUGAGCUUGUGAGGGAACUUAAAGAACACGAGCAAUCAAUUCUUACGUUAAGCAAUAAAAACUAUCAGUCCAUCGACACAUUUAUCAAUAAAAACUUGGAUAUCAUUGAUAACAUGAAGAAACUGGAGGUUGAGCAACCGAUUGAGAUAUUUACUUCAAAACUGCUGAAACAAAACAAGGACAACAAUAUUAGACCUGCUAGUUUAGGCAAGGAAAAAGUUUCCGGAAAGAGCCCUUUAUCGCAGGAAGUUACUUUAGAAGUAAACGAGGCUGAUCCCGUUCGUGUGAAAGGCAACAACACUAGCGCAACAGCCUCUGAACAAAUAUUAGAGAAUAUAGACAUAAAGGAUUAG